CUUGUUUUUUUUUUCUUCCAGAUCAAGUUCCAGAUGGCUCAGCAGUGCUUCCAAAAUGAAUAUUUUGACAGUUUGCUUAGUGCUUGCAAACCGUGUCACCUUAGAUGCUCCAGCAUCCCUCCUCUGACAUGCCAGCGUCAUUGUGAUGCAAUGAAAGGAACAAAUGCCAUUCUCUGGACCUGUUUGGGCCUGAGCUUGACAUUUUCUUUGACAAUUUUUGUGCUGAUGCUUUUACUGAAGAAGAUGAAAUCUGCACCAUUAAAGAAGGACUUCAAAAACAUAGGACCAGCUGGCCAGGAGCCUCAGGCUGCUGAGCAGGAGCCUGGCAGGUCUGCUAUUGACAUCCUUUCCAGUGGCCUGGAGUACACAGUAGAGGACUGUACCUGUGAAGACUGCGUCAAGGGCAAACUGAAGGUCGAAUCUGAUCAUGUCUUUCCGCUCCCAGUCAUGGAAGAAGGCACAACCAUUACUGUCACCACGAAAACAAAGGUCUACCACAAUAGCCUGCCGGGGGCGAGUGUCACGGGGAUGGAGAAAUCAAUUUCUACUAAUGAACCAUCUCCACUGGUGGAGAGCUACUUUGAAAGCCUUUCUUUGGAAGGAAAGGAUGAUGGAGUAGACCUCUCUAGGAUGAUUGUACUUCUCAGUUGCUGAUACAGCUUUCUGUUCUUUAAUUCUGGAAACU